AUGGCUUCCCAAUCAACCUUUGAUAUACCACUGGACUCACUGCCUCCAUCCUAUCGAACCACCGAACGCAAUGCGGACUUUGACCCAAUCCGCCGAGCUGAGACCGGCACUCCUGAGCCUCAAGAUACCUCUGUUCAAGAACCUGUGAGACAUGAGUUCUCCCAGCUACCGCCAGUCGACGGCGGCAAGGACGCCUGGCUCUUUUUGGCCGCUUGUUUCGUUGUCGAAGCAUUAGUUUGGGGCUUCCCCUACUCCUUCGGCGUCUUCCAAGACUACUACAGCACCCACCCGCCCUUUUCUUCCUCCAGCAACCUCGCCGUUAUCGGCACCUGCGCCAUGGGUAUCAUGUACAUCGACACUCCCUUAAUCAUGUCCUUCUUCCGGCGUUUUCCACGGUUCGCGCGAUGGGCUCCCAUUGUUGGGUUGCUAGUCAUGUGUUUCGCCCUGGCCAUGUCGUCCUUUUCCACAACCGUCACGCAUUUGAUCGUCACCCAGGGAAUUCUUUACGGCAUCGGGGGCUCGAUCGCUUACUCUCCUUGCAUUCUCUACCUGGAUGAGUGGUUUGUCAAGAAGAAGGGAUUGGCUUACGGGAUUAUGUGGUCCGGCACUGGUUUGGCGGGCGUGGUUCUGCCGCCGUUGCUGGAACAUCUUUUGUCCAAGUACGGGUAUCAGACGACACUACGCAUCUGGGCCGUGGCGGUGUUCGUCUUGACGGCGCCGUUGGCGUGGUUUUUGAAGCCUAGGGUUUCUGUUGGGGGCAAGUUUGCGGCAAGUGAAGCAGUCUCGAACUCUUCUACGUCUGGGACAACAACCCCAACCAGCAGCAACAACAACAACAAUACUGACUUCCACGCUGCACCCCCAACCCCCUACACCCCUUCUUUCUCCUUCGUCCUCACCCGGCCCUUCCUCUUCUACCAACUCUUCAACAUAGUCGAAGCCCUCGGCUUCUUCCUCCCGGGUAUCUACCUCCCCUCCUACGCGCGCUCCGUCCUGCAAGCCCAGGGGUUUCUCACGUCUCUAACUCUUUUGUUGCUCAACGUUGCCUCCGUCUUCGGCUGCGUCGCCAUGGGCUGGUUCAUCGACCGGCUAGACGUCACUACCUGCAUCAUGCUGUCGACAGCCGGCACCGUGCUGGGGACUUUCUUCCUCUGGGGGUUCGGCACCAACCUGGCGGUUUUGUAUGUGUUUUGUGUGGUGUAUGGGUUCUUUGCGGGCAGCUUCACGAGUGCGUGGCCGGGGAUUAUGAAGGAGGUUGCCAAGUUGGGUCAUGGCGGCUCUGCUGAGACUGGAAGUGAACACGGGAGUAAGCCGGUUGAUCCGACUAUGGUGUUUGCCUUUUUGGCGCUGGGGAGGGGAGUGGGAAAUGUGGUCAGUGGGCCGUUGAGUGAGACGCUGGUUAAGGAGCUGCCGUGGCAGGGUAGAGCGUUGGCUGGAUAUGGGAGCGGAUAUGGAGGGCUGAUUGCGUUUACAGGGGUGACGGCGUUGGUGGGAGGGGGAAGCUUUCUGUGGAAGAGGUUGGGGUGGUUGUGA